AUGACUGAAGGAAACACCUUUUACCUGGUGAAUGGGAAGAAGCACAGGACUUCUGAAGUAAUUAAAAACCCCGACAUCCUGGGUUAUAAUCUACUCCCUGGUGAGAGUAAUAAAUCAGCCAGUGAUCUGCUGGAUGAGGCUUUGGAGGAGGUGAGGCGUGUGGUGGAAAGCAAAGGGUGCAUUGAAGCGCUGAAUCAGUUUGAUCCCUUCUCUGUAAAGCAAUAUCUGGACGAAAAAAACAAUUUGAGUUCAGAGGCAAUCAGGAUGAUCGGCGACAUACUGAAUGAAAACAGCAUCAUGGACAAGGCUCUGACUGAGAUGAUCAUUUUUCAGCAUAAAGGCAACAAUGUGACAUUAAGUGAAGUGACUGGUGGGAUGGAUCUGAUCCCCAAAGCUUUGUUCCAAGCUCUUAAAAGUACCACCACCAUUUUCAACGCUAAAGUCAAGAAGAUCAGCCACUCAAACAAAACAGUAACAGUGUGGUAUCAGCCUGAAAACGCACAAAGCAGCCUCAAGAGCAUCGAAGCUGAUGCUGUUCUGGUCACAUCCUCUGCUAAAGCAACUCUCUUUAUUGAUUUUGAACCACCUCUUACAAAGCCUAAAAUGGCGGCUUUGAAGUAUAUCCACUAUGGAAGCUCCACCAAAGUAAUCCUCACCUUCAGUGAGAGAUUCUGGGAGAGAGAUGGCAUCUAUGGAGGAAAGAGCGUCACAGACCGGCCAUCUCGAUUUAUCUACUACCCGAGUCACGGAUUCCCAGGAAACAAAACGAUCGGCGUCCUCCUGGCUUCCUACACCUGGGCUGAAGACUCCCGCAACUUUGUGAGUUUGACGGAUGAAGACCUGAAAGAGGUUAUUUUGAAAGACCUGGCAUUGAUCCACGGCGAGAAGGUUUGGUCUCUCUGCACGGGCGUGCUGGUGAAGAAGUGGAUUCUGGACCCUCACAGCAUGGGCGCCUUUGCUCUCUUUGCACCCUAUCAGCACGUGGAGUACGCCAAGCUGCUCUUCAAGAGCGAGGGCCGGAUUCAUUUUGCUGGUGAGCACACAGCGUUCCCUCACGCUUGGAUUGAGACGGCUAUGAAAUCUGCAAUCAGGGCUGCUAAUAACAUGACGAAGGCACCAAGUCCUGCGGAUACAGACACGGCCAGAGAUGAGCUGUGAGCUCUUUAACCUUGUAUCAGUUGCUGUUUUUGGGAACUUUUUUUUAUUUUUUAUUAAUGAUUUCUAA